AGUAACAGAACGGAGACUAUCGUUACAAAACACAGUAAAGAAUAAUUAUGUAUUAAUACUAUUUAUUUUACUUAUUUGGCGGGAACUUUGAAUCUAGAAUAAGAUUAAGUCAACAAAGAGCACAACAUGCAAGUUCCAGAAGAUGGCGCUGCGAUGUUUUUGCGUUACGUGGUUCCGCCCAUGAGGCUAAUUUCAGCAGCCAUAUGGAAGUUGAUCGAACAGGAAGAUGUACCAAACUACGGAAUAUUGGAGGAGUUUGUGUCAUGGAUGGCCCAUGCUGUUCCGGAUAUACUAAACUACCGACAGAGGAUUCAGCUGACCAUGGGUCUCAGAGCAAGGCUUGUCCUGGAGUUGUGUGGCAUGGAGAGGCCAGCUGAUCCAGAUAUAGUGCAGCCCCAUCUGAAGCGGAUCCAGACCCUUCUUGCACUUCACAAUGAACUGGAGUCAGUUGAUGCCCAAGUUGAAGAAUCUGGGACAAACUUUGUAGCCCUGGUGCAAAUCUUAAUGAAAGACCCAGCUGAAAAAAGCAUUUUCUUUAAGGAUGUCUUUCCCUUGCAAUAUGGUGUGAAGUUCAGUAACGCACUGAAAAAGCUGAUGUGGCUGUUCCUUUCUAGACUGGAAAAUGUUGUCCCACAGCCUACAUUUGAAGAGACUGCCCACAUGCUCAGCACUGCCCCUACAGUUAUGGAGGAAUGUGUUCAUUCUCUCUCUGAACCACAACAGCUGAGAAAUGUAUUUGGAUGCCAAAGAGAAGCCAAUGUAGAAAUUAAAGAAAAAACACAGUUAUGGUCCAUCACACCAGAUGAUUGCAUACUCUCUUGUCUUGGCAAGCCUCUAUUAGCACAAAACGUUACUGAGGAACAGACACAUACAGAUACCCAGUCAGAGUCAGUGAUUGAUUAUCCCCCCUCAUAUUGCCAAGAAGUACAGGUAGAAUCAGUGGUAAUUGCUCAAUAUAUUAAUGAUAACCUGGAGACAAGCAUAUGUGAGGAAAAUCCUGAUGGUAUAGAAUGUUUAGGUACUGGUGAGAAUAAACAGUAUGAUCUACAAAGGCCUGAUCAUGGCGGCAUUGAGACUUCAACUGAACUUGGUUAUGAAGAGGUAGAAUCCUUGGAUUUGAGGACUAUAGAUUUUGUUUUGGGCGAAAGGUCUGAAAAGCAAGAUCCAAUCAAACAUGAUGUGACUGUUGAGGGGGCUGCAAGUGCAGAAGACACCCCUGCUGCUGAGGAAGACAAUGGAAGGGCAGUGGAUCAGCCAAAAGAGAACAAAUCCACCUGCCCAGAAAUUGAAUUAACACAGGAAAACAGUAGCAAUAAGUCGGUGUGUGCCUCAUCUUCAGCAAUUGCAGAUAUCAAGUCAGCCAAUACUCAACAGGAAGGAGAUCUGUCUGGAUUGGUUACUACCUACCUACAACCAUUUGUUAAGAUAGAUAGGCUUAACAUUACUGAUAUACAGCCUUUUAAUCCACAACGUAAAAAAGGUCAAGGUCAGCCAAGGAAGGAUGAUCAAAAUACCAAAUCGCAUGCAGGAAAAAGCAGCAGGAGAGCACCACAGCAGUCUCUGUGAAUCGAUGGAUACGCAUUCAGAAAACCAAAAUGUGUGGAAUGUCAUCCAAAAGUUAAAGAAGACAUACGCGGAGGUGAAAGAGCCCUCUAUGAUGUAUGCCUGCCUCCCUGUGCGAGUUUCCAGGGCCAGGAGGAGAUACAGCUGCACCACCAUCUCAUUGUCCACCACCCAGAAGAGUACAAACGGCUUUGUGAGCCUGGAGAAGAGAAGGAGAGCUCCCAGUGUGACAUCAGUACUUCUUUUCUGUUCUGGAAACCACGACAAGCCCCCACUAAAAUUAGAUCCUACAGAGGAGUACCUGUCUGUAGAACAUGUCCCAUAUGUUGGAAAGAACUUUCACUCGAAGUGCAGAUAUGAGGAGGCAUCAGGCAUCGCACACGACGGAUCGUCCCUUCACAUGUUCGUAUUGUGGGAAGACCUUCAGGUACACCUUUGACCUGAGAAGACAUCAGCAACAUGCCUGUGCGAACCAGGAAUAUGUAGUGCUGGACCAUAGAAGCACAGAUGAAGUCUCAGAGGAUACUAGUGAAACGAUCCCUGCCUCAAGUCAUGAAAAUACCGUUAUACCAUCUGUCAAUUGUUCUCCUAAGCAGCCAAUUAUAGGUAAACAAGAUGUGUUUUGUCAUGUGUGUGGAAUGACACUGUCAAACACCAGCAGCCUAAAAAGUCACAUGAAGACUCACUUGAAAGGGAUGCCCCACUCCUGCCCCUGUGGUAAGACCUAUAAAUAUUUAGAAAGUAUGAGUACACACCGGCUUGUGUGUCCAGAGUCUGACUUAAAUAAACAUGAACAAAAGCAGUGUGAAGACCAUGACACAGUCGCAGACGAUGAGGAAGUGAUGCAUGAUAACUCAGGAGCCAUACCUCCAAAUCUGACAUACUCUAUCAAUUCCUCUGAUAAGUCAGACAGUGAGAAACCAGAGGUUGCAAGUUCUUUAACCUCAGUUGUAGCUGUUGUCUCAGAUUCAGAAGACAUACCUCAGGUUCCACCCAGCCAUGCUGAAUCCUCAGUCAGGCCCAACACUAAUGCGACAGAACCCACACACUGGUCAAGUUCUGUCCCAGUUGUCUUAAACACAAGAAGGCACCUGAGAUCCCCUUCAGGUGACCACCCUCAUAAGUGCUCUCAGUGUGGACACAGCUUCAGGUACUCCUACAAUCUGAAGAAACAUGAGGAUGUUUGUGAGGGCAGAAAGGAGCACAAAGAUGCAAUGGGGCUUCAUUCAAAAGAGUACAGCAGACCUUUGACUGGAACAUCAAAUAAUAAGCAGGAUGUCUGUGUCCUUUCAGUUCUGUCACUCUGCAACACACCAUCCUUAGAUAAUGCAAAGAGAGCUGAUGGAGGAGAUCAAGAGGAUAGUGUACCUGGCUCCAGUGAGACUGCCUCUCCCGAGCUGCUCCUUGCCUGCAAUAGUUGUGGAAAGAAAUAUAAAGACCAUUGUUCACUGAAAAAGCACAAGAGAACUUGUGGCACCAAUGAGCGACGCUACCAGUGCGUGAAAUGUGGUUCCUUAUUCAGGACGUUGCUUGAUGUCAGGAUACACGUACACACGCACUGGGGAGAAGACCCCCUUCAGUGUUCCCAGUGCGGGAAAUACUUCCAGAGCCCCAGUGAGCUAGAAAAGCACAAGGUUGUUCAUGAGUUAGAGCACAAAUAUUCCUGUACUAUGUGCCCCGAGACCUAUGAUCGGCUCGAGACCUUAAAGCAUCACUACCUUGAGGUGCAUGAGUUCAAGGGGCCAUACCAGUGUUCCCAUUGCGAUAAGACUCAUGUAGACUUGGGUGCUAUAUUUGCCCAUAUAAGGACGCAUAGUGAUGAGCGACCUUACCAAUGCUCCCAUUGCACUAAGAGGUUCAAACAGCGCAGUGGCCUGAACGUCCACGAGAAGCUUCAUUCGGGGGAUAAGCCGUUCCUUUGCGAGGAGUGUGGGAAGUGUUUCAGCAGCAACAUACAGCUGCAGAGGCACUCGAUAUCCCAUAGCACCGAGAGGCCACAUGCAUGUCCUCAGUGCAAGAAGUGCUUCAAAUCGCAGCAUGCUCUCCGUGGGCACAUACUAAAGCACUUGAAGCCAGCGAACAUUCCAUGUGUGGUCUGCGGCAAAAUGUUUUUCACAAGCCUCUGCACUGGGACCGACACCAUCGGCACCCACACAGGAGAAAGGCCAUACAGUUGCCCCAAAUGUGGCAAGACGUUCUUGAGCAGCGGCGAGGUGAGCAAGCACUUGCGAUACCACACUGGAGAGAGGCCUUUCCAGUGUAAGCUUUGCUCUAAGAGCUUUACGCAGGCGUGUUACCUGAGUGCCCACAUGCGGAUACACACAGGGGAGCGACCAUAUGUGUGCAGCAAUUGUGGCAAGGCCUUUGUUUGCAAUACCCACUUGAAAAGGCACAUGUUUGUGCACACAAAGGAGAAGCAUUCAAAUGUGACUGUGGAAAAGCCUUUAAUCGAACAAAUCUUCUAAGACUGCAUCAGAAAACUCAGUGUAUCUUACAAAAGAAAUAAGACUUUAGUAUUAAGACAUAAGUAUUUAGUAAAUAAGAAAAUGGGUUUUAAAUGGAUUUUGCAAACUGUUAGGAUCUUAUCGAUCUUCAUUUAUAUAUUUAUGUAUCAAAAAUAAUUGCAAUUAAA